UGCCGCGCACGCGAGCGAGAACGCGCUCAGCCGAGGAGGAGAGACACCGAGAGCGCGCGACACAGGGAGAGAGAGAGAGAGACAGAGAGGGAGGAGAGGAUGCGAGCAGUGCUGUAGAUAGACCCCGUCUCUCUGUACUGAUGCUAACACAUCAUUUCUGCUCUUAAACAGUCUUCAACGACCGUCUGAAGGCUCGGAGCUCUGAUCAGGUGAUAAGAAGAUGGGGAACGGCUCGAUGAAAUCGAAGCGUUACAAACACACAGAGGGCUCGGGUGCUUCUUCUAACGGUCGAUCUCACAAAGAUGGCGGUGGGUUCAAAAACACGUCCAUGGAUUCCCUGAGGGCCCGAGUGGAGGAACUAGAGCGAGAAGGCAAGAGGAAGGAUGAGGAGCUGUGUGCCAAAGAUCAACAGAUCAAAGUUCUCCAGGAACAGCUGGCCAAGCAGACGCGAUCUCUCGCCGAGCUGAGCGAGGAGCUGCAGAACAAGUGCAUCCAGCUCAACAAGCUGCAAGACGUGAUGAGGAACCAGAGCGGAGCCUCGGCGGGUCUGGCAUCACGGCAGCCUUCGAUCAAAGCCAGCGGCAAGAGCAGCCCCAACCUCAGCGUCCGCAUCAAGGAAAACCUCAACAGGAGGAAAGGGGCCAAAGCCGGGGUGUCAGCCGAACCCACAUCCAGCAGCCUGCCGAAGUUCUCCUUCGACAAGGCCCGGGUACCGAAGGAUGCGAGUGUGAAGAAAUUGCUGGCUGAUGCUCUGAACAAGAACCAGUACCUGAAGAGGCUGGAGCUGCAGCAGAUCAAAGACAUGGUGGAGUGCAUGUAUGAGCGCACCUAUCAGCAGGGAGAGUACGUCAUCGAGCAGGGAGAGCCUGGAUACCAUCUGUUCGUCCUGGCAGAUGGGAAACUGGAUGUGUUUCAACAUAACAAACUGCUCACAUCGAUCACGGUGUGGACCACGUUUGGAGAAUUAGCCAUUCUGUACAACUGCACACGGACUGCAUCAGUUCGAGCGGUGAACAAAGUCCGGACGUGGGCUUUGGACCGUGAGGUGUUUCAGAACAUCAUGAGGAGGACUGCUGAGACGCGACACGAACAGUACCGCAACUUCCUCCGAAGUGUGUCACUCCUGGCUAAUCUACCAGACGACAAGCUAAGCAAAAUAGUGGACUGCCUCGAGGUGGAAUACUAUGACAAAGGAGAGUACGUCAUCCGGGAGGGAGAGGAGGGCAGCACCUUCUACAUCAUCGCACAGGGAAAGGUGAAGGUGACGCAGACCACCGAGGCCCACAAACAGCCCCAGAUCAUCAACACGCUGCAGAAGGGAGACUACUUUGGAGAGAAAGCGCUCGUAAGUGAUGAUGUCAGGUCCGCUAAUAUCAUUGCUGAUGAGAACGGGGUGGAGUGCCUCAUCAUUGACAGAGAGACAUUUGAUCAGACAGUGGGCACCUUCAAUGAGCUUCAGAGGUACCUCCAAGGCUACGUGGCAACACUCGAUCGUGACGACAAGAAGAGACAUGCCAGGAGGUCGGUGUCGCGCCACCAGAGUCAGCCGCUGUCUCCAGACAUCAUUCAGCUGAAGGACAUGGUGUCGGCGUUUUCUUCGUCCAGGCCCUUCGACCACCUGGAGAUCAUCUCAACUCUCGGGGUCGGUGGUUUUGGACGAGUAGAACUGGUAAGGGUGAAAGGCAAGGACAUCACCUUUGCACUAAAGGUCAUCAAGAAGAAGCACAUUGUUGACAACAGGCAAGAAGAACACAUCCACUCGGAGAGGAAGAUCCUCGCUGAGGCUCGCUCAUCUUUCGUUGUCAAACUGUAUCGCACGUUCAAGGAUGACAAAUACGUGUACAUGCUGCUGGAGGCCUGUUUGGGUGGAGAAAUUUGGAGUCUGCUCAGAGACAGGGGAAGUUUUGAUGAGCACACUGCCAAAUUCUGCGUGGGUUGUGUCACAGAAGCUUUUGAUUACCUACAUCGCAAAGGUGUCCUCUACAGAGACCUGAAGCCUGAGAAUCUCAUGCUGGAUUCUGAUGGAUACAUCAAACUAGUUGACUUUGGCUUUGCCAAGAAGAUCAAAUGCGGCCAGAAGACCUGGACUUUCUGCGGGACACCGGAGUACGUAGCCCCAGAGAUCAUCCUCAACAAAGGCCACAACUUCAGUGUGGACUUCUGGUCGUUGGGCAUCCUGGUGUUUGAGCUGCUUACUGGCAGUCCUCCGUUCUCAGGAAGUGACCAGAUGAUGACGUACACUUUCAUCUUGAAAGGAAUCGAGAAAAUGGACUUCCCCAAGAAGAUCACCAAAAGACCUGAUGACCUCAUACGCAAGCUAUGCAGGCGAAAUCCCUCAGAGCGACUGGGCAACCUCAAAAAUGGAAUAAUUGACAUCAAGAAGCACAGGUGGUUUAAUGGCUUUAACUGGGAGGGACUGAAGGCGAGGACUUUACCAUCUCCACUGAAAAGAGAACUUUCAGGACCGACAGAUCACAGCUACUUUGACAGUUAUCUUCCAGAUGAGGACAAUCCUCCUGAUGAGCUUUCUGGUUGGGACAUGGACUUCUGAGACCUUCUUCUCCAUCUUUUUCCCAUUUUCCCUCCAUUACACACCCGAACAACAAAAACUAACUGGGCAGGUGACCUCACAUCACCUCUGGCAGGUGUGUUGGAGGUCCUCAGGUCCAAUAGCUGCAAUGAAAAGCUAGUUACUUUAUGAAUGUCUGAUUGGCGGUCUCAACUCAAAUUAACAGAUACGAACACAAUCCUCUUUUGAGUUUGGCUUUGAAGAGAGGUCAGCUUAUUAUAUAACCAUCACUAUCUUUUCGUUAACAAACAAACGCACAUUAGCUAAUGUAUCCAGUAGAAUGUUGUGCUAAUAGUGGUAAUUGUGUUAUGUUAGCAUUAAAACUAAAAUCCGUAAUGUUUCAAAAAGCGCAUCAACUGAGGUCGGAGCUACAGAGACUGUCUACAGUCUGCUGCUGAGAAACUUUGCACCCAAAUGGUGCAGGGGAUAGACACUAAAUUAAAUGCAGGUGACAGUGUUUGUGGGUGGGAAGCCAGUGAGGGAUCAAGUCCUUGUUGCUGCAUUACCGACCAUUUCUGGUUGGUUGGGGCACCCCAUGCAAAGUUGGGCAUAGCAAAACAAAACAUCUGUGUGUGUUACUCUGCUUUCAAACUGGUUCCAAAAUAAUAACAACCAGUAAUUCAGUAAGAAACUUUUUUCCAAUUCCCAAAAACAUGACCAGUUAUUCAUGCAUCAGUGCACAAACUGUAUAUAGAGUUUACAAAAUGGUUCCCAAGAUAUUGUAUAAAAUGGUAAAAAGAGCACAGAUUUACUGAUCAAUUAAUGACCUGAUACCGUACCAACAACAGCAGAGUGGAUCAAUUUCAAAAAUUUGAUGUCUAGUUAUCUUUCUGUAGUUGAGGGCUACCAGCUCUGCUUUGCUAAAUUAGCCUGCAGGCAAAUUACUCAGAAAACGACAAACAACCAUGUGUUCAGGAUAACUAAGCUGACCUUUUCAGGCUACAUCUCAUAUUAUUUUGGGGCAGAAGGACUUAAAACAGGUCACAGUCUACAGUCUUAGUAUUAUGUUUUUACAUUACUUAUCUACAUCCUAUCUAAUUAUCGUCUUCAGAUACCUCCAAAAUAUUCUUCCCCGAGUGUUCUUGAUGGCUCCAGAUGUGAUUGGUGGAGAAAGUGAAAUUUUCUUCACAUCUGAGGCAAUCUGUGAUUGUAUAUGCAGUUUGUUUACAGCUGUAGAGGAAUGGAGGUGUGUGGAGACAAGAUGAUACCGCAAACAGCCAAGCAACUUGAGAACAAGCACACACUUGGGCGAAGGAAUUCUACUUAACCAUUCAGAUAGUAAAAGUAUCUAACCACCAUGUUCUAAACAAGUUUUAGGAUGAAACAUUUGUGCUAAGAAGCAUCAAGAGUUCCUUGUUCCAACAGUGUUAUCCUCACAGUCUCCCCACUGCCCAAACUAGGCAAACAAAAACACAAACACCUUCUCCACUUAAGUUAUAGAGUGUGAGCAUCCCGCGGCAGGGUGCCCGAACUGAAGAAAUAUUUACCUUUUUGAAGCUGAGUCAACUCUGCGGUUUUGAGCUUCUUAAGAAGAAAGGAAGUUCGGCUUGGUCUGAGGCGUUGAUGAUGUGAGGAGAAACAGCCGAGAGGCCAAACUGAGCAGAAAACCUUCAGGGUUUACUAUGAAGGAAUUUUCAGGAGCUUAGUGUUAAAAAAAAGAUGUGUUUUCCCAUUUUUAAACACCUAAGGUUCACAGUAGAUCGACUGUGCACCAAGUGUGUAUGUAUAUAGUGUACAUUGUAAAGCACAAGCAUUAAAAAUACACAAUUUGUAUGAUCUAAGCCACUUAUUCCUUAAUGUAAACUUAAAGGACCAGUGUGUAGGAUCUUGUGGCACCUAGUGGUGAGGUUGCAGAUUGUAACUAACUGAAGACCCCUCUAUCUCGCCUUCCAAGCAUUUAGGACAACCGAUGGUGGCCAAUGUUUGGUUUGUCCGUUCUGGGCUACCGUAGAAACAUGGCGGUCCAACAUGGCAUGCUCCAUGGAAGAAGACCAGCCUCCUAUGUAGAUAUAAAGAGCUCAUUCUAAGGUAACGAAAACACAAUGAUUCUUAUUUUCAGGUGAUUAUAC